AUGCUAUUUGGACCACUUUCUUUCCUGACAACACUCACUUUGUGUUCAUUGGCCGUUGUUUCUUCGGCUUCCAAUACCUACACCGACUCUGAGGCUAGAAAGAUCCUGAGUGACAACGGUAUUUCAGUAAACAAACCAAAACCUGCCACUUCUUUGGAUGGCAUUCGAAAGAACACCAUCAAACAACUUUUGACUUUGAAAGUGGCGUCUGGCUGUGAUAUUGUCGUGACAGCUGGCACCGAAUCAGGCCACAGUACCAGUGGAGUGAAAAAUCACGGAACCGGCUACAAAGUGGAUAUCAGAAUUAACACAUGCAUAUCUAACUAUAUCGAGCAGAAUUUUAACUAUAUUGGUCAACGUGGUGGUGACCAAGCCGAUAUGUACAAAAGCAAUGCAGGCAACAUUUACGCGCUGGAAAGUAAUCAUUGGGAUAUCUUGUACGUGUAA